AGCGCAAACAAGACAUUGGCACAUAAAAGUUAAAGCUGGCAUGUUGUUCUUGAAGAAGAUUUUGCAUGUUGGCACUAUACUACCAGAAGGCACCAUGUUUGCACGAGCUGAUAUGCCAAAGCUUGAUAGUUCAGUCUCUACCCCAUUGGAGCCAAAGUAUUUCGCAACAAUUGUAUCGCGCUUCAAUAUACCUUACAACUCCUUGAAGGCAAAGCAGGUAGCCGAGACCCUUCGUUCAUGCGUCAAGCCUAUUGACAGGGAGGAGCCUCACGUGUGCACCUCAUCUCGCAAAGCAAUGGCAAGGUUUGCCACUACGUCUUUAGGAUCAAACCUCACACAAGCAGCCUUGACAAAGAUUCAUGGGCAUGAAAGCCCAACAACUAGGUACGUUGUGGCACAGAUCGCCCAACUCAGCAAUCAUACGGUGGCAUGCCACCCUAUGGAUUUUCCAUAUGAGGUGUUUUAUUGCCAUCGGCCAAAAGAAGUGCAGGCUUUGAGGGUGCAACUCAAUGAUAUGAAAAAUGGCAUGGCACGCGUUACAGCUACCGUCAUGUGCCACAUGAACACAUCCAACUGGGACAAGGAGUACUUUGAAUUGCUGGGCGGAGAGCGCGGUGAACCAGUUUGCCAUUAUAUGCCUCAGAAUUACGUCAUGUUCUAUUAG